AUGUUGCCCACCAACGUUAUGUCCUUCGUCAAGAAGAUGGUGACGACUCAGGGGGACACCAGCGGCCAGGGUUCCGACAGUCCGGAGGACGGUAGCAAGGCGUUCAGCAAACUGCGUCAGCUGGGUAACGAACUCAUAACGGCAACUGGAAACGUGACGAAGCUGUCGCCCGCGAAGAUGACACCCACGGAGGACUGCCAGGCGAAGGAGGCCGAGACGAAACCGGAACCCGGCAGACCGGCCAGCAGGGCCGGUGCUUGUAGGGUGUGUCUCAAGCCUUUCAAGCCGGAGGACUUUUCCCGCACCUGCUACGAGUGCAGAUUUAAGGUCUGCGAGGACUGCGCCUCCUAUUCCGAACCAACGGACUCGGAGGACCCGAGUAAGUGGAGAUGCAGCGUCUGCCGGAGGAAGCUGGCGUCGAGGGGUCAGCCCGUCGUGGCGCAGGAGUCGACGGAGUCGCUGCUGGACGUCCCGGUCUUGGAGGCGCUGCAGAGACGACACAGCGAGGCCAGGCUGAACUGCCAGGCGAAAGGGCUGGGAACGGGGCUGGCGCCCCCCAGGAGUCCGGACAUCCGGAGGCACUCGGACUUCUCGCCUGCGAGCCUGAAGGAGCUCGAGAAGUUUCGAAAGGUUGCAGGGGAACGCCGGGAGGAGCUGAGAUGGGAGCGGGAGUUAGAGUGGAGGAGCAGAUCCAGGGGUGGGUCUCCAGACCGCCGCCAGAGCGACAGGGGGCGAGCCGGCAGUCCGCAGAGGGGCUCCAAGUCGUCCAAGCCUGAUGCAGAAGCGGAGGCGCCGGGAGACGCAGCGGAGGAGGACGCCGAGCGGUGGCGGCGCUCGAGGACGGCCGCGGCGCCGGGACCGGGGGCAUCCCCGGCGAACUGCUCGACGCGCCGGAAGUCCACGGUCACCAGGCAGCGAUCCUACGAUGACGAGCACAAAGCCGCAGGAGGCGGCGACCCCGACCAGGCGGUGCGACAGGAGUCGGGCCUGGGACUUCCGGGACAGCUCUCGAGACGAGCCUCGGCCUACGACGUCUACGCCCUGCCAGUCGCUGCCAACCAGGGUAGGUUAUCUUUUUCUUCAUUUCUUUAUUUUAAUUUCUCCACCUAUGACGCCGGUCGGCCGCGUCCAGGGUCGCGCGAGUCUGCCGCCGAGGAGAGACCCUGCAGAGACGUCGGUCGCAGGGCGUCCUUCCGGGCCGUCAAGCCGCUCCUCCCCUACGAGAUGGUCUCCGACCAGGAGAAGGUCAUCGAUUUGGACGCCCCUUCGCCAGCGGAGGCGAGCCCGGCGCCGCAGCCACCCCCUGAAGAGGAGAAACGACUCAGGCGAAGAGUAUCACAACUGCCGGAUAUCGGCGCGAUGAGAGCUCUACCUUCGGUCCCGGGGGUCACGAAACCUCCACCCACUGCCAUGGGCAGAGUCGCCGUAGACGACCGCGACUUGCCUCGGCAGGGGAGUCUCGUCGACGGGGAGGGAAUUAAGAUCGUUAUCCACGACGUCGACAGUGACCACGGGUCGAGGACCAGUUCAGCGAGGAGAGUCGUCCUGAGGAAGGAGACGGUAAUGGACGACGUCCAGAGAAGAGGCUUCGGGAUGAGGGUGGUCGGCGGGAAGAGAGGAUCCAACGGGCGCACAUAUGCCCGCGUCGUUUGGACGGUGCCUGGAGGACCAGCGGAGAAGGCCGGACUGCAAUAUGGAGACCGAGUGCUGAAAUGGGGCGGGGUGUCGCUUACGGACCGAAGCUUCGACGAGGUCUCCCAGAUCGUCGAGCGCACCGGCGACACGGUGGAGGUCAUGGUGGAGCACACCUCGGACCCGGUGACCGAUCCGCUGGACGAGCCGGGAACGGUGCCACCCUCGGGCAAGCCGGGCUCCCUCGGCCUGCAGCUAGAAUCGGAUACGGACAAAACGCCCACCUCGCCGACGCGCAGGAAACUACCAAAGACGCCGGAACAGAUCGCCAGGGAGCGGCAGAUCACCGGCCGCGUGCAGAUCCAGGUGUGGUACGAGGCGGAGCGCAAGGAGCUGGUGGUCUCCAUCCUGGCGGCGGAUGACCUGUCGCCCAGAGAGGACACCGGCUACGGGACCGCCCCGGAAGCCUACGCGAAGCUCCUCCUGGUCCCGUCCUGCGGGGAGCGCAACACCGUGGAGACGAGCGUGGCCGAGCCCACCAAGAACCCCAUCUGGAACGCCACCCUGAAUUUCUCCGGGGUGCCGGCCGACGAGCUCAUGACUCGCAAGAUCGAAGUAACGCUGUGGGACGAUUGCCCCGACAAGGACAACGUCUUCCUGGGGGAGUGCACCGUGGAGCUGAAGACGGCCCUGCUCGACGACGGAGCGAUCUGGUACCGGCUGGAGGACCCUCGAGGAUUUCGCAUGGGGAAGUCGCCCCACUGCUCACCUAGAGGGUCCUUCUCCCAGGAGGUGGCCCAGCGGCUGCUGCGGCGGGUGGAGCCGCGCGACCGGGACCGCGAGCGGGAGCGCAGCCUGAGCGAGGACACCCCCAGCGAGAGCGGAAGUCCCGAGCCCUACUUCCUGCACCCGGACCACGCGUGGCACGCCAACUCGAGACGCGGUUCCAGCCAGUCGGAGCAGCUGGAGGUCGAGCCGUACGAGCUCAGCAAGGACUACAGCCGGUCCCUACCGGGUAGCCGGCGCAGCAGCUUCCAGAGCCAGGGUGGGACCGACAGCAAACGCGGCAGCGUGACCGAGGUGGACGCGGCGCCGAUCGUGGUGCACCACCACAACCGAGACCGGCGACGCAGUUCCUGUGCCCGACCCAUCAAGGUCGAGCUCGCGCGCACCCUGAGUCUGUCCUCGGAGAAGAGGCGCGGCAGCCGGCGGGGUGAGCGCAAAGACGGUGUUUUGGAUAUGUCGGAGAGGUUCUUCGAUCGGAACAGCGAAUCCGACGAGGACGACAGAUGGAGCCAGCCUGUGAGGAGCGAGAACGGUGUUCAUGCGAGACUGGGACCUGGCCAGGUGAGGCCGAAGGGGAUCAAGAUCAUAGGAGGAGUGAUGCAGGGCGAGAUUCAGCUGGGGUUUUCUUUCGACAAGGGUACGCUCGAGGUGGAGGUGAUUUGCGCUAGAGGGAUCUGUCCCGGCGAACGGGAGAAACCAGACACCUACGUCAAGACGUAUCUGCUGGAUGGAGAACGUUGGUUGCUGAAACGCAAGACCCGGGUCUAUCGGCAGUCGACGGAACCGCAGUACAGGCAGACGAUCAAGUACGGCCGUUGCGACGCCUUCGGGCGGAACCUGCUGGUAAUGCUCUGGGAGAGGAACCUAGGCUUCGAGAGCAACCAAGGCCUCGGAGGAGCCGAGAUCGACCUGGGCCUGCUGCCGCAGUCUCGGCACACAGUCGGCUGGUACCCUCUCUUUCCCAUCCACGCCCUGGGCUCCCACUCGCACGCGGACUCGCCCUGAUGGUUGCGGCGAAAUCGAGUCUUCGACGCCGGGGAGCUCGAUUUCAGACUCAGUCUCCUGCCGAAGGGCG